AUGGCGAAGAUGUACUGGAAGCUGGCACCAUGCGGUGGUGAUGAAGGAGGACAUGAAUGGGACGACGAUGUGUACGACGGUGUAAGAAAAGUAUAUGUAGGGCAAGAUCUCACGCGUAUCACUUACGUAAAAUUCGAGUACGUCAAGGAAGACGGCCAAGUGGUAACACGUGAACAUGGGACAAUAACUCAACAGCCUCAAGAGUUUCCACUUGAUCCGGACGAACACAUCAUAGCGGUAGGGGGAAGCUACCACCGUCCAAGUGUCACGGAGAUGAUCACAUCCCUCGUCUUCAAGACCUCAAAGGGAAAACAGUCUCCAUUGUUUGGUCCGAAGUACUUGCUCGGAAGGUUGGCUGGUACAGAGUUCGUUUUUGAAGAUGCGGGAAAGAAGAUCGUAGGGUUUCAUGGACGGUCGGGUAAUGCUAUUGAUGCUCUUGGAGUUUACUUUGAACAUGACUCUUCGACAACGUCGUUACCUCUUUACAAGUUGGAAGCCCGGGGUGGUAAAGAGGGACGUGCUUGGGACGAUGGUUCUUACGAUGGCGUUAAGAAGUUGAGCAUUUGUCAAGAUCAUUGUCGUAUCACUUAUCUAAAGUUCGAGUACGAGAAAGACGGGAAGAUAGAGACACGUCACCAUGGUGUGAAAGGAGACACACCGCUCAAGUUUGUGCUUGAUUCCCCGGAUGAAUACAUCAAAUCCGUGGAAGCAACUUAUCAUAAGCCUAACCUUAUUCGCAACACCGUCAUCACAUCGCUAAAAUUCGAAACAUCAGAGGGUAAAACAUCAUUCUUUGGGUAUGAGGUGGGUAAGAAGUUUGUGCUGAAGCAAAAUGGUUGUAGACUUGUUGGGUUCCAUGGAAAGGAAGGUGACGCUAUUGAUGCUCUUGGAGCAUAUUUUGCGCCUGUUCUUCCUCCUCCUACUCCUUUGAAUCCAGCCAAGAAACUACCAUCGGUAGGUGGCAACGGAGGAGUUGAAUGGGAUGAUGGUGUUUACGACGGUGUAAGGAAGAUAAAUGUAGGACAAGGUACCGACGGUGUAUCCUUUGUCAAGUUUGAGUACAUUAAGGGAACAGACUUUGUUCUUGGAGACGAUCAUGGGAAGAAGACAUUACUCGGAGCUGAAGAGUUUGUGCUUGAGGAUGGUGAAUAUCUCACGGCCUUGGAAGGCUAA